GAUUAAUUCUACAAAGGUAGGAUUAUUCUACAACAUUUUUUCCACUACAAAAGCACGAGGGGAUCUGAUGUUUUUGUUCAUCAAGCUCUUUUGAGGAUAAUAACUCAAACUUACAAUUUUAAUUUCGGAAACAAACUAUAGAAUGGGAGCUGCUAUGAUGAAGGUCUUCAUGAUGAUUGGCUUGGUGACAAGCCUGGUUUCAGUUGCUUAUGCCGCUACUGGCACUGCUACUUACUAUACACCUCCUUAUGUUCCAUCUUCUUGCUAUGGGUUCCAAGACAACGGAGUGAUGAUCGCAGCCGCAAGCGACGUAAUUUGGGACAACCGGGCAGCUUGUGGGAGAAAUUAUCAAGUCACCUGCACCGGACCUACUAACGCAGGGGUGCCGCAACCUUGCCGGGGUAGCGUCAUCGUCCGAAUUGUCGAUUAUUGCCCUCCAGGAUGUGCCGGCACCAUUGAUCUCUCCCAAGAAGCUUUUGCCCUCAUUGCUGAUCCCGCUGCGGGAAAAGUCAACAUCGAAUAUCACCAGGUGUGAAAGCUGCAAUUGAAGUUUCUCCAAAGAAGAUCGCAACGAAUUAAUGGCGCCCAGAGAUAACUAAGUAGUUUUAUUAAAAUUCAUGUACCACAUGUAUUUUGAAUUACCCUUUACAUGAUAAAGUAUUGAAUAAUAAAUAAACCCUGACACUUCAUUAUAUUUACCCC